UCCGGCGACCCGCGAGACCCGCGGCCAGUGCAUUUCCACCCUCGCGGAGAGAGUUCAACGUCAUUGAAUAGUGAAUACUCUCCAUGAGACCCUAAAUAUCCGCUUUUUUCGAAUCCUUGUUUCGAACCCGACAAUCAUCGAUUCCUGGUGGCGAAGCGAAGAUGAAUCCUGAUGUCGAGAUGCAAUUCUUCCAGGGAAGCAUCCUCUAGAUUUUCGUCUAUGCGGAUCUAAUAGCAUUUAUAAUAAACUGAGAUUUUUAGUUUGUUAGCACGAUUACUAAAGAUCCAAUUUAUUGGGACCAAAACAUUCAAUACACUCUCAGUAAAUCACUAGAAGAUGUUCAACCUUUACCAGAAUUUCAGUAAGAAUAAGGAUGAUUGUGAAUAUCGCAAAGAAAUUGAGGUCACAGGUCAUGACAGAUUUUGCCAAGAGAGACCAGGACUUCGUAGAAAAAGAAGAAAUGCAGGUCGUAGGACGCAUAGCGCCAUCGAGUUUGAUUCGGAAGCAAUAGUAACAGAGAGGGGUGUUCUCCGAAGAGGUCGAAGUGUCAGCAUUGAAGAAGAUGAGAGCGAGGAAGAAAAAAGCUACCCACUCACCACCAAAAUCGACAGUCUUGCCAAAAUUCUCUUCAACCGAGUUUCCGCUGCCAGAGGCUGUCGAGAACAAAACGAAGUUAGAAAUGGAAAACAUCAAUACACUGCCCUGGGAAAUGGACCUUCCGGUUGUGACGACGUUGGAGAAUACGUGGAAAUGGAAAAGCGAUCGAGAGAUCGUGCCCUAUCGAUUUGUACCACUUACAUUCAUGGAACGUCUCGUUACAGUUUACUUAAGCAGCUUAACAAUAUCGGCUCUCGAGUUGAUAAACAUUGGUUCAUGGUGAGAGACAUUUCUUUAAAAACAGAUCGACUUCUGACUCUAACGCCUCUAAACCAAAAGUGUUCCCUGGAAAUCAGCCCUUCGACGAAGGACGUUCUCAAUCACCUUUUUCUUGCUCUACAACAUCCUUACAUUUGUCCAGUUCUCGAUCUCGAGUUCAUUGAAUAUGAGGGCAUGAAUUAUGCAAUUCUAGUCCAGCCAAUCAAUCAUGGAAGUUUAAAGGAUUUGAUUUACGGGAUUGAAAGAAACUGUUGGAACGAAGAUUGGGGUCAAAAAUAUGCAGCCCGAGGCAGAGGCCUCACUUUGCCCCAAAUACAAAUAAUGGGUCGACAAAUCUUGGAGGCUCUUGUUUUCCUGAAAGAACGUGGAUUUCCUACUGUCACCCAUUUACAUUCUGGAAAUGUCGUGGUACAAAAUGGAGUUGCACGUCUCGCUGGAUUAGAAAAUACUCUUCUGAGUUUUACAAGUCGAACGCAUCCCAUAAUUACUUCUCGAUUAGUUAAUCAUAGUUCAAUGGAUACCAUUUGCUUCGGUCACAUGCUGUUUGAGAUGUGUACAGGAUACGAAUUGUGUUCCUUCAGACCUUCAGCAGUUCAUGUUACUGAUCUACAAAAAUAUCCUCAAGUGAAUGCAUUUCUGAAAUAUUUGUUUGAGGGACCUCGAUUUCCAAGUGUGGAGGAGCUCAUAAUCCACGAUCUUUUCAGAAAUAUUGAUCUCCGUGAAAUGCGAAGUGCUCCAGUCACGAUAUUUCGUCCAUCUCUGACACCAUCCAUUGUAAAUCUACUCGACAGUAUUAAGCGUUCAAAUUCCAGCACACGAAUUUCUUCCUUGGACAGCGACGACAUGAUAUCCCUGAAAAGUCCAGAGGCGGAAUACAGCGAAGACUCGCUUCUUGCUCAAAUUUACAACGAGCUUUCAAACACGUCUAUCUAAUAUGGGAACAAUUUUCUUCAGAUUUUGCUUCUUUACAUUCAUACCUCUCAUUACUAAGUGCCAACAUUUGUUAAAUAGCCUAACUCGAAAUCAUACUGAUAUAUACUAUAUUUGCUAACAAGUGCUACAAACGAAAACUAAAACCUGCGAUUCUAAAUCAUUUUAACUCGGAAAGAUUAUUUAAAGAGCUAUAAAGCUUCUGAAGAAUCUUUUAUCUUUUUAGAUUAUUAAAAAAUAUAAAGCAUAUUCACAACUUUAUAAGGUGCCCUGGUGAGAUUAUUGUCAGCGAAUCAAUAAAUCUACUACAAAUCUA